UUUGUAUAGUUUUUGGAUAGUUAUUGUAUUUAUUGGAUAGUUCCAUUUGGAUAGUUUUUGGAUAGUUAUUGUAUUUAUUGGAUAGUUCCAUUUGGAUAGUUCCAUUUGUAUAGUUUUUGGAUAGUUAUUGUAUUUAUUGGAUAGUUCCAUUUGUAUAGUUUUUGGAUAGUUAUUGUAUUUAUUGGAUAGUUCCAUUUGUAUAGUUUUUGGAUAGUUAUUGUAUUUAUUGGAUAGUUCCAUUUGGAUAGUUCCAUUUGUAUAGUUUUUGGAUAGUUAUUGUAUUUAUUGGAUAGUUCCAUUUGGAUAGUUCCAUUUGUAUAGUUUUUGGAUAGUUAUUGUAUUUAUUGGAUAGCUCCAUUUAGAUAGUUCCAUUUGUAUAGUUAUUGUAUUUAUUGGAUAGUUCCAUUUGGAUAGUUUUUGGAUAGUUAUUGUAUUUAUUGGAUAGUUCCAUUUGUAUAGUUAUUGUAUUUAUUGGAUAGUUCCAUUUGGAUAGUUUUUGGAUAGUUAUUGUAUUUAUUGGAUAGUUCCAUUUGGAUAGCUAUUGGAUAGUUAUUAAUGCCUGCACCAACUGGAAGUGUGUUCAGUGUUGAUUUGUUUGUCUGUCGUUAUUCAAUAUGCAACAUCACCUACACAGACUGCAAAUUGUCGUUAUGCUAUGGUGCUAUGAAGAGAUGUAGGCGCAAAUAUGAUAUACAAAGACUACUACUUUUAUUCCUCUUAUAAUGCCGCAAUUAGCCAACCAUUACAAUUUUUUCCAAGUAUUAAUGAAUCACACAUUAUAUUUGUUUAUCCAUUUAUAGUUACAUUUAACAUUUUUUCCUCUCUUGCUAACAAGCCAAAACUAUUCAGCGUAUCAUGUUACCGAGAAACUCCUCUGUCUUGUCUGGGAAAAACUUACCGACUGUUAAAAAAUUCUGAGACUCCUUACUUAAAUGUGAAUGCAGAAAGCUUUACCAUAUCCGUUGUUGCAUGUUUUUCUGUGUAAGUUGUUGCUAUAGAAACGUAUCAGAACAAGUGCAUUAAUAUAAACCUGUAAUUAACUAUAGUCAGGACUGCUGUUAGAAAAAAUGAAUGAACACCUUUUGACCAAUCAGUGUCGAGAAUUCACCAGCACUUUGGGAUAAAAGUACUGAGGCUCAUGUGUCAGCGCUUUAAUGAAGUCCAGCUGGAGUGUGUGUGUGUGGUAGAUUUACUGUAGUAGAUGUAGUGUGAUUGCAACACACAAACAGAGGCUUACAAAUUAAACACACACAAAGUAGUAAACACUGACCUUUAAUUCCACUUGUGAGCGCACGCGCACGCACACACACACACACACAAAGCAGUGACCUUUAAUUUCCUCGCUCUGAGACAGCUGGGCUGUCCCGCGUGCAGACUCGCGCUCUGAUUGGUCAGCGCGUGGCCGCGCUCAAAGGAAAUGGGUCGGGUUAGCAGGUCACGUGCUGCCUUUAGCUCCUCUCGCAGCUCAAAGGGUUUUCACUCGCGCGUAGUACGCGCACGCAGGCGAGGCCAUACAAACGUGUACACACGCACCGGCAGAGAACUCGCGCGCAGCUCUAGUGCUCGGGACGGCGCGCGCACGGAGGGAAGUCGCGAGGAUGACCGUGCGGGAGUGAACCCUGGCGGCGCGUUGCAGUCUGGGAAAGAAGGACAUGCCUGCUUAGUGCGUUUUUUUGUAUGUUUUUCUUUUUUUUUAAAGCGAGAUAUUGAGACGGGGAAAACACACACACACAGGUUUUUAGCCGAGCAGCGAGAUGAGUGGAGAGAUGAGUGCGGAGGUCAUGUCCCCCACCAGCGUCGGACCGAAGGAGAGAUAUUUCGACCGGGUGAACGAGAACGAUCCGGAGUACCAGCGUGCUCGUAACAUGCCCGCCGACCUGCGGCAAGAUUUCAACAUGAUGGAGCAGAAGAAGAGGGUCACACACAUCCUGCAGAGUCCUGCGUUCAAGGACGAGCUGGAAGGCCUGAUCCAGGAACAGAUGAACAAGGGAAAUAACCCAACCGGCCUCCUCGCCCUGCGCCAGAUCGCCGACUUCUUCAUGGCCAGCUCCAUCGGAGGAUACCCCACCUCCCCCCUGAGUCUGGGCAUGGUGUCCCCCAUAAAUGAUCUUUUCAGCGCGGAGUCCGGCUCCAUGGUAAAGGGUGAGAAGCAGGCGCGGUGUAAACUGGCCAGCCUCUACCGGCUCGUCGAUCUCUUCAGCUGGGCUCACUUCUCCAACGCCUACAUCACCGUUCGCGUCAGUAAGGAGCAGGACCACAUUCUCAUCAUCCCCAGAGGGCUGUCAUUCGCCGAGGCUUCAGCUUCUAAUCUGGUGAAGGUGAACAUCCUGGGCGACGUGGUGGACCAGGGCUCCACUAACCUGCGCGUCGACAUGGUCGGCUUCAGCCCGCACGCAGCCAUCUACUCCAUGAGACCGGACGCACGCUGCCUUAUCCACCUACACACCCCGGCCGCCGCAGCCGUGUCAUCGAUGAAGUGCGGCCUGCUGCCCAUCUCUCAGGAGGCGCUGAUCCUCGGCGACGUGGCCUACUACAACUACCAAGGGAGCCUGGACGACAAGGAGGAGAGGGCGGAGCUCCAGAAAGCGCUCGGACCCUCGGCCAAGGUGCUCGUUCUGAGGAAUCAUGGUGUGGUGGCUUUAGGAGAAACCAUUGAAGAGGCUUUCCACUACAUUUACAAUGCCCAGUUUGCCUGCCAGAUCCAGGUGAACGCGUUCUCGUGUGCAGGAGGAAUGGAGAACCUCAUCGUGUUAGACCUGGAGAAGUAUAAGAGCAGGACGCAGGGCGUGGUCGAGGCCGGUGUGAGCAUGGGCUCUUCGCACAAGUUGAAAGUGGGAGAGCUAGAGUUCGAGUCGCUCAUGAGGAUGCUCGACAAUCUGGGUUACCGAACAGGCUACGCUCACCGCCACCCGGUGUUGCGGGACAAACCGCGGCACAAGAGCGAGGUGGAGAUUCCGGCCACGGUGACUGCGUUCUCGUUGGACGAGCCAACCGAUGCGUCCCGCCUCCAACACCGUCUCCUUCAGCAGCGGCAGCAGAGGGAGAAAACACGCUGGCUCAACUCGCCUAAUUGCUACACCAAGAUCAACGUGGCUGACGGAGGCGGCGCCGAGGAGAACACCCGCGUCAGGACCAUGUGGAUGAGAUCUGAAGACGGCGGCAGCAGCAGCGGGACUCCGAUCCGCAUCGAGGACCCGAACCAGUUCGUUCCACUGAACACCAACCCAACCGAAGUCCUCCAGAAGAGGAAUAAAAUCCGAGAGCAGAACCGCUUCGACAUGAUGUCCGCCGGCCCGCAGUCUCAGCUCCUGGCUGGCAUCGUCGUGGAGAGACCGCCGCCAUACACGGGUGGAGACGAGGAGGAGGUCGAGCCGUUGCCACCCAACCCCUUCAGCGAGCUCAUCGAGAGAGAUCUGGAUGACUACAAACAUCAAGUGGAGCACCAACAGCUGGGGCUCGAUGAGGAGGAGCAGGAUCAGCUAACGUCUGACGACGCUUCCACGCUCUCCCCAUCUGCCUCUCAAACUCAGUCCCCACAACACACACCUGCUAAAGAAGAGAACCACACGAACGCUCUGCUGAACGGCAAGGGCACGCACGACGACGACGAGGAGGAGCUGAUGAAGCGCGUGGAGAGCGUGGAGAUCACCAGCGAGAAGAUCGAGGAGGUGCUGUCCCCCGAGAGCUCGCCCUCCAAAUCACCUGGCAAGAAGAAGAAGAAAUUCCGAACGCCGUCGUUCCUCAAGAAGAACAAGAAGAAAGAGAAGGUGGAGCCCUGAAUGCUGAGCGAGAGGGGGCGGAGACUCGACCUACCCACCUGUUUGUCCAGCCUCCUUUCUGUUUACCCGUCGUUUUUACCUUUGUUUGAAAGAUUAUCGAUUUUAUUUGGAUUUUUGUUUUUAACAAACUUGGGCACAUCUGAUUUGGGAAGGGAACGUUCCGGGGGCGACACUUUAUAUGGAAGUCCUGGCAAACUGGUUCUUCCUCGAACUAAACACACACACACACACACAGACACACACAAUCGAGCUUACACAGCAAUUCAAACACACAUACUACAUUUACGAUUAAUUCUUUGUUACCGUAUGGUAACGAUUUAUUUUUUUUGUCCCUCGUCUAGCCGUGAGGUUUGAUUUUGUUAAGGUUUUUUCCCCGCUCCCUUCCAAGGACACACAUUUUUAAAAAAUAAUUAGGAUUUUUUCUUUCUGUAGUUGAUGGCUGAUAAUCCUGUGUUUUAUACACACACACACACACACACACACACACACACACACCAUCACGUUUUAGUGAAGUGUAUCUCAUCGUUAUCUCCUCAUUCACUUUUAUCCCUUUUAACUCAUGUAGUUUUAUCCCCCCCCCUUUUUUUUUUUUUAAAUAAAUGUUUUGUACUCAUUUCUACACUUUUACACUUUUUCCUACAGCCGAUCAUGUCCGCUCGAUGUUUCUCCGCUCUGUAACUCGGAAGACUAAAACACACACGGAAUUAUAUAGAAAAGUAAACUGGACGAGUGAUGGUUAAAGUAACGGUUUAUUUUUUGUGCCGCACUUUUAACGUAGUAUAUAUUUUAGAUAUAUAUAUAAAUAAACAGCUAUGUGCAUACAGACGUCUUUUUUUAAUUUUUUUUAUUUUUUUUCCAGAGAGAUUUGCAGGACGUUAGCGAGAAUGCAGGAGUAGGAAGACCAGGAAGAAAAAUACAAGGGGAUUAAGCUUAAAAAAUGUUUCAUUUUAUAUAUUUAUAUAUAAAAUUCUUUUAAAUUUGAGAUAUAUAGAGAGAGAGAGAGAGCGCGCGCGAGUUUAAGGUAAUCCUGCGUCCCAGAUGAACGAGGGGGGAACAGUAAAAUCUCAGCGUGGCCCCCUUUUGAGAUUUGGAAAAUAAUAAUUUUUUGUUUGACAAAGGGUCGUCCAGAUGCCUGCUAUCCGAGAAAAGCGUUUGCGUCGCUGUAACGUAAAUCCCGCAGCAGCCUGAAAACGCGUCCGAAUUCUAGCGAGAAAGUAAAAAUGUACAAGUUUUCAAAUUCCAACGGAUGCAAGCGAAAAAUCCGCGGAAAAUUCGGAAACGUGUCGGAAUUCGGUUGAGCCAAAAGAAGUCGCACAAAAUACACACCGACCCCCAGACUCCGCCCCUCGUCCAAACUUUUAAACUGGUCCGUACAAAUCGGUUUAAAUUUAUCAUUCAAGUAAUAAGUCGAGGAACUGGUGUUUUCGCUUUCGUUCGGUACCUGUACAAUUCCUUAUUUUAUCUUUUCGUUUCUUUUUUUAAAACGAACUGAUUAGGUGAUGAAUUUUCAAACAAGUCGAAUGACUCAAAUGCAAGUCAUGGAGUUUUCAGGCAGCUUUUUUUUUUUUUUUUUUUUUUUUUUUUUUUUUUUUUAAACAUCCCCCCCCCCCCCAUUCCCCCAUUUGAAUGGGAUGAUUUAAAAAAAAUUUUAUGUCCUUUUUUCCCCCCAAACAAAAUUCAAAAAGUCUGCUUUUUUAGGGCGGAUUUGAGACAUAAAAAUUUUUAACGUCCAAAUUUUUUACCGACAUUUCCAUAAAUUCUGUUUGAACUGCAGACAUUAACGCCGAAUGGUGAAAAGCUGGAUUAGUUGCGUUCGUUAAUCGUUAAGGCUACACGUUUCGUCCCUCGUCCCCGAGCGGCUUUCGUCUCGAGGCGAUCGAUCCCAGCGAGCAAUGUGAAGUGAAUGUGGAGAUCGAGUCAUCUCUUAACUGUGUAAAUAGCACAUGGCUUUCAGGCGCUGCCGAGUGAAUUGCAAGGUUCGAGCGAAGUGGUGAGAUGCAAAAAUAUGGUGGGAGAAAAUAGGAAAGAAAAGCUCAUGCAUGUUUUAUUGCUGGACUUUUGUCUUCUGUUUGCAGUUUAUUUUCCUUUAUAUUAUAUGUUGUUUUUUUUUGUUGUUGGUUUUUUUUUUUUAGUUUACAGAGAUUUACACGUUUUAUUAACCACUUUACGAGCGUCAAAUCUAAUGUUUCUGUUUUCUUGCUCUGAACGAAGAACGUUUGCACCUUCUUUUCUUUCUUUUUUUUUUUUAAAUAAAAAAAACAAAGCAAACAAUUAAUGCUUAUUUUCUAUGUCGCUUUUGUUUUUUUUGUUUUUAUAGCUUUGGCAUGCAAGCGUGUGAGCCGAACCUCGUGACCUGUGAAAAGAAAAAAAAAAACUACAACGUAUAUAAAUUGUAAUCUAAUGAACUUGCUUUAGAUUGUAUUGCUAAUCGAUGUAAAUUCACAAUAAACAAAAGCUAUUUUAAGAAAA